CGCCGCCGAGCCGCCCUGGCUGCAGGUCGGCGGCGGCGGCGAGGCCUCGCCCAGCCUGCAGGUCCAGCUCGACCACGCGGCGCCGGCGGCUCACCUCCAGGUGGAGGUUCUUCCUUCGGGCCGUCCCCCGCGCCGCCGCCUGCAAGAGUUUGGCUCGUUCGUGGACGGCGGGGGCGAGGAGAAGCAGGGCCGGACCCAGGUCAACGUCUGCCGCGAGGGGUACCGCUGCAUCUCGCGCGCCCGCCGCUUUGGCUACGACCACUCGGGGCCGCUGGACGCGAACAAGGCCAGAGAGGUCAAGGACCCCAUGACUGAGGACUACGAGUGGAACUGCCCUUUCCACGGGGCCUGGAUGUCCGAUAUGUACGAGUCUUCACCGAACCACGAGAAGACCUUCUGCAAUGAUGAUUCGGAUGACUGCCUGUGCGUAACGCGAGGCUCUGGUAACUACCAGGCUAUUCUUCACGAUGGGAAAGAGAGGAUCUUCGGUGAGUUUGAAAUUCAACCCGAUCGGAUCGCAGCCGAGACAACGAAGAGGAAGCUCUCCGUGAUACCGCACUACCCGAUUCGCAAGGUCCCAUUACGGUUCAACAUUGAGGAUCCGGAAUCCGAAAUGGGCUCCGUGUUCACAGUCCCUGCGGAGAAGUGGCUUCAGGAGUACAAGGCCGAGGCGCCCAAGCUGCAGCUCGCCCUGGACCAGCUGGUGUCGUGGAUCCGCAGAAACUUCGCCGAGAGGGUUCAGGAUAAACCCUUCGUGUGCGGGGAGGCGGCAUCUCCCGAGGAGCACCCGUCUUUCUCCAAGUCGGAGACCACGGCAGCGCUGUCCUCGAUCCAACGGUUUCAGAUCCUCCAGAGGGACUGCGAGUCGAUGAGGGACACGGUGGUGAAGCUGGCGUCCACGCCGGAUGGAGAAGGCUUCGCCCCGGACGGGUCCCAAGGCUCCCACAAGCUGAACUGCCACGACCUCCCGGAUGGCUCCUGCAGGCAGCUGAACUGCUACUCCGGCGCGGACGACGCGCAGCUCCGCGCUGACAUCCAGGUCUUCAAGGCUCGCAUGGACCAGUGCAGGCCGGAGCGAGACCUCCCCGAGGAGGAGCCCGCCGGGGCACCCGCGCCUGCGCCGCCGCCGCCGCAGCCGGCGGCCAACGACGGCGCUGCGGCAGCCGCGGGGGCGCCAGCCGCGGCGCCGACCGGCGGCCCGCCCGCGCCCAAGCAG